AUGAUCAACCUUGUUCAGAACAAGAUGUUCCAUGGAUUGCCAAGUGAAGACUCCAUUGACCAUCUUGAUGAGUUUGAUAGGCUAUGUGAUUUGACAAAGAUCAAUGGUGUCUCUGAAGAUGCCAUCAAGCUGAGACUCUUUCCUAUGUCUCUAGCUGACAAAGUUCACCAAUGGGAGAAGAGCUUGCCCCAUGGCACAAUCACCACUUGGAAUGAAUGCAAGAAGGCCUUUCUUGCUAAAUUUUUCUCCACCAGUCGCACAGCCAAGCUAAGGAGUGAGAUCUCGAGUUUCAUACAAAGGAACAAUGAGACUUUUGGAGAAGCUUGGGAGCGAUUGAAGGGAUACAUGAGCCAAUGGCCUCACCAUGGAUUCAGCCAUGAAUCAUUACUAUCCAUACUCUAUAGAGGAUGUUUGAAAAGGCAAAGGGAGAUGCUAGACACAACCAGCAAUGGGAACUUCCUCAAUCAAGAUGUGGAAGAUGGCUGGGAGCUAGUGGAAAACAUCGCCCUCUCAACAGAAAGAUAUGGAGACAAUUAUGAUAGCACUGAUCGAGCUAUCAAACAGGAAGGGGAGGAGAAACACCAUACAAGCACCACUCCAACCACAAGGAAGACCAUCUAUGGUCACACAUUCUACCAGGCACUUGUGGCUUACCAAAUGACUCCACACAGAUCCAACCAGCAAGGGCACCUUCCAAGUUUCCCACCAGGAUUCCCACCAAUGCCAUACCCAACUACACAGAACCAAGAUUGGGAUAUGAAGGAUAUGCUCCAACAACUCCUUCAAGGGCAAGCCAAAGGUUCACUAGACAUGAACCACAAGUUGCUAGAAAUAAACUCAAAACUGGAGUCAUUGACUUCAAGAGUGCAAACCAUUGAGUCUUCUACUGUGUCAUCCUCUUCAUCUCACGAGUAUGCUCAGGCUGUUACACUGAGAAGUUGGCGACAAUUUCCAAGCAGGGCUAGCCCACCCCAAAUCUCUGUGGACAUCGAUGACGAGGAAGGGGAGGAUUUGGUCGAGUAUGACCAUAUUCCGGCACCGAACUCGAUCGAGCUGGAACAAAACCCUGAACCCGAACUCGAUCGAGCUGAAGAAACCGAGACUCAGAAAGACAAACCAGAACUCGAUCGAGCUGAGAAGAGAACAGACAAAGCAAGCUCCAGCCAACCAGUUAAACCUGUUGCAAGGAAGAAAGAUACUCCAGCACGACCAUGA